GGGAGCCCUCCUCCUCCUCCGUGCAUUACUGAAAGGUGAAGCGGAUUAGUGACAGCCGGUGAGCGCCGCGCCCCCUGCGCCUCCUCCCGCCCACCUGCGCCGUGUGACACAUAUGUCGUGUGCGCCUCUCAUCACUGCGGUGUCUGCAGCUUCCAGCACAUGUAGCAGGUGGAGCACGGACAUUCUCACCGCUGAGGGGACGGUACAAUAACAAGUGUUCUUCUGGGAGACCUGGAAGAUGGCCGAGGGCUCCGAGAAGACGUCUCCGCAGAGCCCCAGAGGCGGCGUACUGCCUGCAGUCAUGGAUAGUCUUUUCAAGACUGAUGAGCGACAGAGGCUAGCCAAAGAAAGACGGGAAGAGAGAGAGAAAUGUCUUGCUGUCAGAGAGAAACAAAUUUUGGAAAAGGAGAAAAGAGCAAAACUACAGUAUGAGAAACAAAUAGAAGAGCGGUGGAAGAAGCUGGAGGAGCAGCGCGUAAGAGAGGAGCAGAAGCGGGUGGCAGUGGAAGAGAAGAGGAAGCUCAAAGUCAAAGAAGAGGAAGAGCGACUGGAGGCUAUGAUGAGACGCUCCCAAGAACGCAGUCAACAGCUGGAACAGAAGCAGAAGCGAUGGUCCUGGGGUGGGGCCCUGGUAGCCGGAUCUGGAAGAGAUGGUGAAUCUGAAACCCCCCAACCCCCUGUGGUAGAUUUAACUACCAACACCCCAGAUACAGAGCCUGUGACCUCUGCUGCUGCUGACGAGUUCUCCAAUGCCUGUGACAAGCUAUCCUCUUCUACAAUGAGUCUGCAGAGGCACGUGGACUCGCCCAUCAGUAAGAGGCUCUCCGCUUCCACCGCUGCAAUCACACAUUCCCCUGACCGAGCCCAUCGCAUGCACCUUAGUCCUAUGGAAAAUUACAUUGUCAGUCGAUUGCUCACACCAACACACUCUUCUUUAGCCAGAAGCAGGAGUACAGCCAUGCUCAAUGAAUCUUGUUAUUCCACGUCAGUCUUCCAUGUGUGUCCUCGUGUAGCCCCCGCUAGUCCUCUUAAAUCUCCUUUCAAAUCGUCACCUGCUCGAAGUGCUGAUAGAAGAAAGACCAUAACGUCUCCUAAUGGAACCGAAGGUAUCAGAUCGCCUACAUCUCCAGACUCAAAGCAACCUGAAAAGUUAAAGAAGGAAAAACGAUCACCAACCCCGGUCCCAGCCUGUGCCUUAGGUACCCCAGUCCGAAGACCGGAGUCUCCUGCAGCACUGUCCAAGAGAUCAUCAUCUCCUGCAACACCUAAAUCACUUUCAAAAUCUUACUCACAGUCCCCAGCUAGGAACAACAAGCAAUACUCUGCAUCCCCCAUCACGUAUAAAUCUAGUCCAAAUCCCAGCCAGGAUACACCAAAAAAGAAGGCUGAGAAACAUCAAACAACUCCUAAAACAGAAGAACAUCCAGAGUCUAAAACUGAGCCUACUAAACCUGACAAGACUCUUUCCCCUGGAGAGAAGAAAGAAGCAAAUGAAAUUUCCAGCAAGAUGACAGCAGGUACAACUGACGCAGAUGAAGCAACAAAAAUCCUAGCUGAGAAAAGACGUCAGGCCCGGCUACAGAAAGAGCAGGAAGAACAGGACAGGCGUGAACGCGAGGAACUAGAAAGGCAAAAGAUGGAGGAGAGAAGGAGGAAGGCAGAAGAAGAGAGGCGCCGUUUAGAAGAGGAAGCAAGACUUCUGGCUGAAAGAAAAAAACAAGAGGAGGAGGAAGCCAGGAAGAAAUCGGAGGAAGAGGCAAAAGUAAGAGCAGAUGAGGAACGUCUGCAAAAAGAAGAACAAGAAAAACAACUGCAGGCCUACUUGGAAAAACAGAAGGAAGAGGCUGAACUGAAGGCACGAGAAGCAGCAGAAGCUAUGAGAGUAGAGAGGGAGCAGAUCAUACAGCAGAUUGAACAGGAGCGUCUGGAGAGGAAAAAGAGGAUUGAUGAAAUCAUGAAAAGAACAAGAAAGAAUGAUGUCAUAGAACCGAAGAAGGAAGAGUCUAAAACAGAUAUUCAGCUGCCUCUAAAAAUUGAAGAUAUAGAAAAGGAUGAUGAAAAAGGUCAGCUCAAUGGAUUUUCAGCCCAUGUGGAAACCAAAAUACCAACUGUUACAGUCAUUGAAACAAAGCCUUUGGAUGUGUUUCCAAGUGGCCUGAAGACCAACGUAGGUGCCAUCCAUCUUGAUGUGCUUGAAGCGAAAUGCAACAGCUUGGAUGAUUCCACUGAUGAAGUUCAGUCAAUGGAUGUGAGUCACCCCACAUGGAGAUUCCACCUCGGGAGAAAAUACACAUCGCCCCCCCACUAGGCCUCAAAAGAAAAGACAGAGACGAAGGGGUUGCCGAGGGGGCCAAAGAAGGGAGAGAAAAAAGGAGAAACAAGAAAAACAAAAACCAGACUCCCUAGAAGCUGAAAAUUUUCAACCUUUCCACUCAUCUGCUUAAUGAUGCUGAACGGGGUGUCCUGAGCAGAGGUCUCUCGUUUUGCCCUACUAACAGAGCUAACAGCUUAGAUUUAUUUCUUGAUUUAAAUCAAUUUAUCAGGAAACUCGCAAUUACUUCGCUAUCGAGAGAUAACACCGGAGACAGACCCAUCGAAGAAUCCGCAUGUAGUCUAAUCCCUCCCCUAUACACACAAACCUCAAACCAAAGUCCUCCUUGUACCCUCUACAAUCUCAUGGUCAUUUUCUAGAGACAUUUUCCAGCAUGGUCUCAAAUGACCUUGAAUCCAUUUCUAAAAAUAAUGACCGAUCCAAAACACGGUAUCGAUCUAACCUAAGUAAAUCUGAAAUCGUGGCACUCAAAACCUUAUCAGAUAAUCGGGACAUAGUAAUACGUCCCGCGGAUAAAGGGGAGGGAUCGUCAUUUUAAACUAUACUGACUACAUCCUCUGAGCCGAAAGACUUCUAUCGGAUACCAAAUAUUAUAGCCUAUUAUCUUACAAUCCCACAGAACAAUACACCAAUGAACUCAAGAUGCUAGUAACAGAAGGAUACAUCCAAGGAAUAUUGAACAAGUCUGAAAGGGACUAUAUACUUGUAACUGAACCUGCACUACCUUUAUUUUAUCAUCUGCCAAAGGUUCAUAAGAAUAAAAGAAAAAAACCCAGGCUGUCCUAUUGUGUCAGAGAUUAACUCAGUCUCCUCCAAUUUAGCACAUUAUCUCGACAACCUGCUACAAAAAUAUGUUGUGGGCCUAACAUCACAUUUGAGGGACACCACUGAUUUUAUCCAAUCUAUGCUACCAAUGGUGUGGAAUGACUACCUUCUUGUGACUAUGGACAUAACUUCCCUGUAUACGGUCAUCGACCACAACCUAGGGAUAUAGGCGGUAUCCCAUUUUCUUCAUAACGACCCUGAAAUACCCGCUGCACAAUGUGACUUUAUUCUCAAAGGCUUAUAUUGUAUGCUGACUUGUAUGCUGAAAGAAAAUCUAUACCCAGCACACUGGCACUGCCAUGAGGUCCAAAGUGGCACCCAGUUUUACGAAUGUCUUCGUGGGACACUUUGAGGAAAAUAUUGUGCACUGCUAUCUAGACUUCUCCAGUUCCCACUAUAAAAAUGGAUUUCCAAUAUUCCUUACGGACAGUUUAAACGUGUCAAAAAAAACUGCUCGGUGAACAAUUUGGCAUUAAUACAUUUUUUUAACUGUUCCUCACAUGUUAUAUUUGUUCUAGAAUGCUCAUGCAAACUACAAUAUGUAGUUCGCACUAUUCGCUGCCUACAUGAAUGAAUCAAUAAACGCCAAAGUAAAACUGCCCACGGCUUCUUACUGCACAGUGUGUCAAGACACCUCACCCUUGAACACGACCGAGACUUUGGCUGCAUUACCGUUACCCCUUUAGAGAACAUCCCAAAAGAAGACCCACGCAGAUUUAGUACCCUGAGAAAAAGAGAAUUACUGGAUCUAUAGGUUGCAAACUCUCGCUCCGUCUGGUUUGAACAAACUCAUUGAAUGUUGCCUAUGAGACCUCUACCAUUCGUGUGUGCUGAAUGUUAUGUUUCGCAAAGUUAAUCCUGUAUGCUACCCGCUUGUGUGUACCAUCCUGUCCUUUGUACAUGUCUGGUUUUAUAUAAUUUAUAUAUUUUAUUAUACUUUUUAAAUAAAUAUUAUUAUUGUUGGUAUAAAUGGGGCCUCUUCUAUACACCUUUAUUCUCUGUGCCGCCUAUUUUACCAUUUUAUAUUCAUAUUUUAUAUCUAUUGAUAUGUGGUCUAACCCCCUAUUUUACACAUUUUUACCACCUGAUCCUAUAUUUAUUUAUUUAUCAUUCAUCCAAUCUGUUGUUAUAGUAUGCCACAUUCCGACUCAAGAUAGUUCUAUAGGGACCUCCUUAAUGGAUACACACUGGCACUGUAUAUGAGACCUAUUAUAACUAUCUAUAGAUUUUAUUCACCGCCUCACAGCAUAAUAGACUUCCUGUGCAUUGCUAUCCUACUUAAGAACAUGACCCUCCAUACUUUGUCCUGUGUGUGUGUG